CGGCAAGUAAACUUUUCCAAUUCUAUCAGAACCGAUAAAUUGUCAAAGCAGUAACCUUUGCCAAUUCUUCUCGGUCCCUGAGAGCUUUGAAGAAGUAGAAGAAACUCCAAUCAGAGCCCGUGAUUGAGGGUAGAUCCGUCGGAGGAGAUCUGAGAAGAGGGAGUGGGAAUCAGCAGAAAGUGUUCUGGAGAAUUCUCCGGUGAAACCACGAUCUCUUUGUUCGUAAUUUUCGAACAAUAUUAUUUUUGAAGUCAGGGAUCAUGCUUCUACAUCAUUGGUGAGAGGAUUCACUGUGGCAUAUAUGGAGUCGUCUGCUGUUAACAUACGCAAACCAUUCCUCGCUAAUGUAGUGAUUCACCUUUGUCAUGGAUGACCAAACAUCUUUGUUGGCUUUCUUAUAUCUGAAAUCCAAGCUGCGGGCCGUUUUGUCUCUCCCCAACUUCGUUGAGCACAUUAUUGGAAGGAGGAAGAAGAUAGUUCACUUGAUAUGACAAUCUUACCGUUUUCGAAUAGGUUGGUGGUUUAAGGGAUACGUCUGUUGUUGUUGCUACGCUGGAUACUGGUGAAGUGUAUAUUAUUGUCAGCUUGUCUACGAGGAACGAUACUCAGGUCAUUUAUGUUGAUCCGACAACUGGAACACUUUGCUACAAUGGGAAGCUGGGUGAUAAUGUUUUUUAUUCUGAAGAAGAAGCUUUGAACUACGUCACAAAUGGGUCAAUGUGGUUCUGUAAGAGUAAAAAUUAUGCCCGAGCUAUACUAGGCUAUGCAGCCCUCGGAAGCUUCGGUGUACUUCUUGUUGCAACAAAAUUGACUGCCACCAUUCCAAAUUUACCUGGUGGUGGAUGUGUUUAUACAGUGACAGAGAGUCAAUGGAUCAAGAUUCCGCUUCAAAAUCCUCAACCCCAAGGUAAGGGGGACCUGAAGAAUAUCCAAGAAUUGUUUGAGCUUGAUAUAGAUGGGAAGCACUAUUUCUGUGAAACAAGGGAUAUUACUCGUCCUUUCCCUAGCCGUUUGCCAUUGCAAAAUCCAGAUGAUGAAUUUGUUUGGAAUGGGUGGUUGUCAAUGCCUUUCAAAGAUAUCGGUCUGUCACAGCACUGCGUCAUACUUCUGCAGGGGUUCGCAGAAUGUCGAGGUUUUGGAAGCUCAGGUCAACAAGAAGGUCUUGUUGCUCUCACAGCUCGUCGUAGCAGAUUGCAUCCUGGUACUCGCUACUUGGCUAGGGGGUUGAAUUCAUGCUUUAGCACAGGAAAUGAAGUUGAGUGCGAGCAAAUCGUAUGGGUACCUAGGAGGAGUGCUCAAAGUGUUCCUUUCAACACAUAUAUUUGGCGAAGGGGUACAAUACCUAUCUGGUGGGGUGCAGAAUUAAAGAUCACUGCUGCAGAAGCAGAAAUUUAUGUUUCAUCUUGUAAUCCUUAUAAAGGAAGUUUACAGUACUAUCAGAGGUUAAGUAGGAGAUAUGGUGCUUGCAAUUUAGAAAUAACUGCAGGAGUUGGUCAGAAGAAAAAACCUUUGGUUCCUAUUUUAUGUGUCAACUUACUGAGAUAUGGAGAAGGAAAGUCAGAAUCUAUUUUGGUACAGCAUUUUGAAGAAUCAUUAAACCAUAUCAGAUCUACUGGAAAACUUCCAUACGCCAGGAUUCAUUUAAUAAAUUAUGAUUGGCAUGCUAGCAUAAAAUAUAAAGGUGAGCAACAAACAAUUGAAGGACUGUGGAAACUCUUGAAACAAACCACAGUAACUGUUGGCAUUUCUGAAGGGGAUUAUCUACGUUCACGGCAGCGACUUCAGGAUUGCAAAGGGGAAGUUUUCUGUAAUGAGGACUAUGAAGGUGCCUUUUGCUUGAGAUCGCAUCAAAAUGGGGUGAUUCGUUUCAAUUGUGCAGAUUCUUUGGACAGAACCAAUGCUGCUAGUUAUUUUGGAUCACUUCAAGUUUUUGUUGAGCAAUGUAGACGGGUAGGGAUAUCACUUGAUACUGAUUUAGCAUUUGGUUAUCCAUCAGUAAAUAACUAUGGUGGCUAUAUUGCUCCUUUGCCACCAGGCUGGGAGAAGCGUUCUGAUGCUGUUACAGGAAAAACAUAUUUCAUUGAUCACAAUACUAGAACUACAACUUGGGUUCAUCCAUGUCCUGAUAAACCUUGGAAGAGAUUUGAUAUGACAUUUGAUGAAUUCAAGAGGUCAACAAUAUUGUCACCGGUAACUCAGCUUGCAGACCUUUUUUUGCUUGCUGGUGAUAUUCAUGCGACACUAUAUACUGGUUCCAAAGCUAUGCACAGCCAGAUUCUUAGUAUUUUUAAUGAAGAAUCUAGCAAAUUUAAACAGUUCUCUGCUGCACAGAACAUGAAGAUCACGCUGCAAAGAAGAUAUAAAAAUGCAGUUGUGGAUAGCUCCCGUCAGAAGCAAUUGGAAAUGUUUCUUGGAAUGAGGCUUUUCAAGCAUCUUCCAUCAGUUGCAGUUCAUCCUUUAAAAGUAUUAUCCCGGCCAUCUGCUUGCUUUUUGAAACCAGUUGUGAACAUGUUUGCCAAUUCAAAUAAUGGAGCCGAUCUUUUGAGUUUCAAGAGGAAAGAACUGAUAUGGGUUUGUCCACAAGCUGCAGAUGUUGUUGAACUUUUUAUUUAUCUUCGAGAACCUUGCCAUGUUUGCCAGCUUCUUCUUACAGUUUCACAUGGUGCAGAUGAUUCAACUUUUCCAGCUACAGUUGAUGUAAGGACAGGGCCCAAUUUAGAUGGGCUUAAACUCGUUGUCGAGGGAGCUUCUAUACCACAAUGUUUAAAUGGGACAAAUCUUUUGAUACCCUUACCAGGACCAGUAAGUCCAGAGGAUAUGGCUGUCACUGGUGCAGGUGCACAUCUUCGUGCUCAAGAUACAUCCAGCCUUUCAUUAUUGUAUGAAUUUGAAGAGCUGGAGGGUGAUUUGGACUUUCUUACCCGUGUGGUUACACUUACAUUCUAUCCUGCUGUUCCUGGAAAAACUCCUAUAACUAUUGGUGAGGUGGAGGUACUUGGAGUUUCUCUUCCUUGGAGUGGCAUAUUUACAAAGGACGGACCUGGUGCGAAAUUUUGGGAUCUUGCCAACAAAUGUCAGAAAGAAGCCAACCCCCUUCUAUGUGGUUCUGAAAAUAAUCCACUUGGUGGUGCAUCUUUCUCCAAUGAAAAUGUUUUGCCACCAGCACAACCAAUUGCCUCGGUGGAUCUCUUGACUGGAGAUGACAUGUUUCCAGAAUUCAUUGAGCAACCACAGAAAAAUGAUGCCAGCUCUAGGGGAGGUGACCCACUUGAUUUCCUGGAUAAUGCUAUGAUAGAGUACUCGGCUCCUGAUGCAGAUUCUAAAUUAUCCUCUUCAUUGCAACAUGGGAGACCUAAAGAUAAUGACAGUGUCCAUCAUUACUUAAAUUGCUUAAAGGCCCUGACUGGUCCACAGAUGGAUAGGAAGCUAGACUUCACAAAAGCUAUGGACCUUGAAAUUGAACGUCUCCGGGCAAACCUUUCUGCUGCUGAGAGGGACAGAGCUUUAUUAUCAGUAGGUACUGAUCCUGCUAGCUUAAACCCAAAUGCCUUACUUGAUGAUUAUUUCAUGGGAAGAUUAUGCAGAGUUGCAAACAUCCUUGCAUUGUUGGGACAAACUGCACUUGAGGACAAAAUUAAUGGUUCCAUUGGUCUUGAGACAGUUGAUGAUGAAAAAAAUAUAGAUUUCUGGAAUGUUAAUGGAAUCGGAGAGACCUGCUCCAGUGCCAGCUGUGAGGUUUGUGCUGUAACCCAACCUUCUGCCAACAUGUCCUCUAUGGUGUCAACUCGAGGAGCUUCACCAUCUGUAUAUGUAUGUUCUCAUUGUGGAAGAAAGGUUUGCAAGGUAUGCUGUGCUGGGAGGGGAGCCCUUCUGCUUGCAGAUUUUAACUCAAAGGAGGUAUCAAGCCUUAAUGGUUUCUCAGGCCAGAGCGGGUCAAGCCCUGGCAGCCAAACUGAUGGUCUUUCCACCAACCGUUCAUCUACAGUAGAUGGGGUUAUCUGUAAAUCAUGCUGCAGUGAUGUUGUGCUUGAAGCAUUAAUCCUAGACUAUGUCAGGGUCUUGAUUAGCUUAAGGAAAAGUGCCCGUGCAGAUAGUGCAGCACAUAAGGCAAUAGACCAGGUGAUGGGAGUUCCAUCAAGAGAUUUUCUUGUUGAAAAGAACAGGUCAGAUGGUCUUCAAGCUGUUAGCUUCUUAAGGAAACUACUUGGUGGAGAGGAAUCACUAGCUGAAUUUCCAUUUGCCAGCCUCUUAUAUUCGGUUGAAACUGCUGUUGGCUCAGCACCGUCAUUGUCAUUACUUGCUCCUAUUGGUUCUGGAUCACAGCAUCUGUAUUGGAGAGCUUGCCCUAGUACCUCCUCUGUUGAAUUUGUCAUUGUUCUUGGUAGUCUAUCCGAUGUCUCUGGGGUCAUUUUACUUGUUAGUCCAUGUGGCUAUUCAGCGGGUGACUGUCCUAUGGUGCAAAUAUGGGCUAGCAAUAAAAUAAACAAGGAUGAACGCUCAUUCAUGGGAAAAUGGGAUGUACAAUCCAUGAUCACUUCGGAAUUUUAUGAAGCAGAACAAUCGGGUAAAGGGAAUGAUGUUCCAAGGCAUGUAAAAUUCACAUUCCGGAAUACCAUUCGGUGCCGUAUCAUUUGGAUAACACUACAUCUGAGACGGAUUGGUUCAAGUUCUGUUAAUUUGGAAAAAGGGUUCAACCUUCUUUCUCUAGAUGAGAACCCUUUUGCUGAAAUUACUCGUCGGGCCUCUUUCGGGGGGACUGUUGAAAGUGAGCCGUGCCUUCAUGCUAAAAGGAUCCUAGUUGUUGGGAGCCCUGUGAGGAAUGAGCAAGGACUUCUAUCACCACAAGGGCCAGAAAAGAUCAAUUUGAAAGCUUGGUUGGAGAGAGCCCCUCAAUUAACUCGAUUCAAGGUUCCAAUUGAGGCUGAAAGAUUGAUGGACAAUGAUCUUGUCUUGGAACAGCAUCUCUCACCUGCUUCACCUCAGUUGGCUGGAUUUCGUCUUGAUGCUUUUAGUGUGAUGAGACCUCAAAUCAUACAUUCACCACCUUACAUCAGUUUGAAUAACCGGGAGAGUUCUUUUACAUAUCUGGAAGAGAGGCAUAUUUCUCCUGCAGUCUUGUUUAUCCAAGUAUCAGCUCUCCAGGAGCCUGAAAACAAGUUGGUUACCAUUGGAGAAUACCGUCUGCCUGAGGUUCGAGUUGGAACAGCUAUGUAUUUCGAUUUCUCAAGACAGAUACAGUCCCGCCGGAUUACUUUCAAACUUCUUGGAGAUGUGGCAGCCUUUUCUGAUGAUCCAGCUGAACAAGCUGACUCUGAUCUCAGAGCUCUACCAUUGGCGUCAGGGUUGUCUUUGUCUAAUAAAAUUAAAUUGUAUUAUUAUGCUGAUCCUUAUGAAGUAGGAAAAUGGGCAAGCCUUUCAGCCAUUUGAAUAUCGUUUAUUUAUGCCUAGGGGUGGUGAGCCUAAAUGUCUUCAUAGUGCUUAUUAUUGUCGUUAAAUAUAAUUUUGUAUGUGUGUAACAAUAUCAUUUUUUGAUAUUAUUAAUUCAUUAAUAUAUUAUUGUUUUGUA